GAGAAAGGCGAGCGAUUGUUCAAGGCUGGACAUGGCGGCUCGUAUGAUGUGUUCAACCAGCGUCAGAUCCCAGAGGAUAUCAUAUCUUACUGUGUCGGUGACGUCCAGUAUCUCCCUGAGUUGCUGAAUAGGUUUUGA